GUGUUUUUUCAUUAUUUAACGAACAACUCAAAAUGAUCCGCUUCAUUCUAAUACAAAACAGAGCAGGAAAAACGAGACUAGCCAAAUGGUAUAUGAACUUUGACGAUGACGAGAAACAAAAGCUUAUCGAAGAAGUGCACGCAGUUGUAACGGUCAGAGAUGCCAAACACACAAACUUCGUAGAAUUCAGAAACUUCAAAAUAAUUUAUCGAAGGUACGCCGGUCUAUAUUUUUGCAUCUGCGUGGACGUUGGCGAUAACAAUCUGUGUUAUCUGGAGGCCAUACACAAUUUUGUCGAAGUCCUCAACGAAUAUUUUCACAACGUCUGUGAACUAGAUCUGGUGUUCAACUUCUACAAGGUAUACACCGUGGUAGAUGAAAUGUUUUUAGCCGGCGAAAUUCGGGAAACAAGUCAAACUAAAGUCUUAAAACAACUACUUAUGUUGAGUUCAUUAGAAUAAGUUAUUACGAUAUUAUAUCUACAAGCAAAUAUUUUACUUUCUUUACCAAUACACUAAAUUACUAUUUAUAAUUUACUACUCUAUACCAUAAUGUAUUUUUUUUUUAUUAUUAUUAUAUACAUACAUACAUACAUAAUAUAAUGCUAUUUACGAG